AUGGCCCCUACCUCUACUCCUCUCCCUUCUAUCAGGCAAUCGGCCACCCUCACCGACGGAGUGUACACUUAUCACCUGGACUUGUCCCGAUUCCAGUCUGAGUUCCCCUAUCUGCAGAACUACGAGUGCUCACUCAACCUCACCCCACGGGGACAGCUUGAGGACAAGACCGGUCAACCUCUGCUCAUCCUGGCUAUUAAAUCCCACCCGUCCUCUGGUGACAGGAGAGAGGCGCUGAGACGGACGUGGGCCAGAGAGGGGGUAGUUGGAGGGUACAGGGUCAGACCAAUCUUCCUUAUGGGGCAGGGAGGGACACCGGGGCACAUGGAACUGGUGAAGGUGGAGAGUCGAGAGUUUGGAGACAUCCUACAGUGGGACAUCAACGAAGGACACCACAACCUGUCCCUAAAAGAGCGCUGCUUCCUGGAGUGGCUGCACCACCACGUCCCAUGGGCGGCAUUUAUCUUCAAAGGGGAUGACGAUGUUUACGUGAAUCCAUUCAGCAUUGUACGAUACAUAGAAGAACACGGCUCGUCUGCGUCUGUUCUUCACGGUGCCCUCCAACGCCACUCUACGGUCAUGCGCAGCUCCAAGUACCAAGUGUCCUAUAACCUCUUUCAAAGUCACAAAUACCCCUUCUUCCUUUCUGGAGGGGGCUUUCUCUUCCCAGGGCCAGCGGCCAAACGUCUGUAUGAGGUGUCUUUGAAGAUGCCCGUCUUUCCACUAGACGACGUCUAUAUGGGGUUUUUGGUGCUGGCCGCAAAUCUUACGUUCAGACACGACGAGAGGUUUCAUGUGUUCGGUCUGGCAUAUAACGCUUGCCUCUACCAGCGCGCGUUUGUUGUGCACGGGGUUAGCCCUGAACGCCUGCUGGAAAUAUGGAGUGAAGUUCAGGGUUCUCAGUGCAAUAACUCGGCACAUGGUCUCCGAUGAU